AUGGGCCGCGAGCGGAGGAGGAAGAGAGAGGAGGAAGAAGAGGAGAAGGAGGAGGAGAAGAAAUCAUGGAUGCACACACCCGAGGCCCUGGCCAAGCAUUACAUAGCAUACAAUGCCAAGUUCCUUGGUAACACUGAGGUAGAGGCACCUAAAGGAACAGAGGUUGUCAAGGAUGCAGUGAGAAAGCUCAAGUUUCAGAGGCACAUCAAGAAGUCAGAGGGACAGAAAACCCCCAAAGUGGAGCUGCAGAUUUCCAUUUAUGGGGUGAAAAUUUUAGAUCCUAAGACAAAAGAAGUGCAGCACAACUGUCAAUUACACAGAAUUUCCUUCUGUGCGGAUGACAAAACAGAUAAACGGAUUUUCACAUUCAUCUGCAAAGACUCCGAGUCCAACAAACACCUGUGCUACGUGUUUGAUAGUGAAAAGUGUGCUGAAGAGAUCACGUUAACGAUCGGCCAGGCCUUUGAUUUGGCCUACAAGAAGUUCCUAGAGUCAGGAGGCAAAGAUGUGGAAACCAGGAAGCAGAUUGGAAGUUUGCAGAAAAGAAUUCAAGAACUGGAAACAGAAAACUCGGAGCUGAAGAAGCAGCUUCAAGAUCUCGAACAGCAGUUGAUGAUCGCACACGUGCCCCCGCCGUUAUAUAUAAAUGAAGUUAACGAAGCGUACAUGCUGCAGAGGCCUUCUUCUCUCUUCUGGUGUCAUGACAUCAACUCCUGUCUGGAAACCUCCUCUGUCACCCUCACACCUAUGAGCUCGCCAGACUCCAACCUGUCUACUGGCCUACUAACUCCCCCGCCUGCCAAAUCCACUUUCCUUCCUCCUAAACCUUCCGAGGGAUUCAGCGUCCCACGACCUCGCGCAGGAAGCAUAUCCACGAAACCGCAGUCUACAGACAUUUUCGACAUGGUUCCUUUCUCCCCUGGGACCGUGCUGGUGCCCACACAAGCUAGCAACGGUUGCCCAACAACGCCAACAAUAUUGUCGUCAAACAUAGGAAAAGACCUGUUUGGUGCAGAACCGUUCGAUCCCUUCACUUGUGGUUCAGCUGACUUUCCUCCAGAUAUUCAGUCGAAGCUGGAUGAAAUGCAGGAGGGGUUCAAAAUGGGAUUAACCCUAGAGGGCGCCGUCUUCUCUCUGGAUCCGCUCGACGGUCGCUCCUGA